UGCUGGCGUCCAAUGGCAGCGCGAGGGGUAGGAGCUUGUCUGCACCAGCAGCUCAGAGCUCCGGUUGCAGCAUCCUCAGAUCCUGCUGCCACUGCUGCUGCUCUUCGGCCUCCUGUUUUUAAGAAGGGGAAUGAGAAGGAAGGGCCUCUCUGCUGGAGUAGAACAAGAGGCUUUUUCUGGCUGGGAUGGCCUAAACUCCCUGGCUCUUUGCCUUGCUGUUCCUCUGUUUGGAGCACCGAGGGGUGAGGAAGCAGGCAGAGGAGGGGAGGGGGGAUUGAGAGGAGUCAGCCAUCUCUCCAUCUCAGGAUCCAGACUCAGACACCCCCGGGACUCCAGAUCAGAUCGAUUUCCUGGUGGACUUUGGGUGCCUGGUAACAUAACAAUGCCUCAAGCUAUCUGCAGAAGUCAUUUUACCAAAAGGGGCUAAAACAGUUUCCUAUGAAAAUACGUGGCAUGUAUGUUUAUGUAUUUAAAUCCAAAGCCAAAUAAAGGGAAUCACCCGAGAAAGACAUGUCUUUGAAAACUGGAGAAGCCAACUUCUCGAACCCCAUCACAGCCGUUUAUUUCCUCAGCUCCACGGUGGCGGGAGAGGGGAGGGACAACAGCAGCACAAGGACCGCCCCUGUUACCCUGGCAACCAAUGAGACCAGUUUUAAUUCCACCAAGUUGCCAGAGGUGGCUGACAGCUCCUCUGGAAUGGGCAUGGUGCUUCUUCCCUUUGGCAUCAUAACCGUCAUUGGUUUGGCAGUGGCAAUGGUUUUAUACAUCAGGAGGCGAAAUAGGCUGGAGAAGCUGCGUCACCAGCUGAUGCCCAUGUACAACUUCGACCCGGCAGAGGAGCAGAACGAGCUGGAGCAGGAGCUGCUGGAGCACGGGAGAGAGGGAGCCGUGCCAGCCCCACACAGCAAGAUCCUGAUGCCCAGCCAGGCGACCCUACAAAGACCCAGCCGACUCUUUUUCACCGAUGUCGCCAACGCCAUCAACGCAUGACUCAGAGACCUGACUGCUAGGGGGCAGCGCCCGUUGGCCGGCAGGGCUGAGAGAUCCUGGCCUGAGCAGGGUCUGGCACACGGAACUCUUUGAGAGGUUCUGACCUGGUGGAAGGAAUUGUUUAUAAUGUAGCCGGGGGGGGGGGGGGGGGGCUGUUCCAAUUCCAGUUCAUUUUCUCUCUCUUUGUCAGCUUGCUUUAAUUGACUCCUUGGGAAUAUAUAGCUUGUCCUGUUUAUAGUGUCUGUCUGCUUCUCUCAGUUUAAACUCUAGCUGCAGCCCCGUUUAAAACAGCUUGGAUCUCUCAGCCCCCCUCAUGGAAGUUUCCCAUAGUAAAAGCACAGCAAAGUGUAAUAAAGCACAGUGAAAGCAUGAUGAAGCAAUGAAGCAUAGGUAAGCACUGUGAAGCACAGAGAGGUCUGGUAAAACGUAUUAAAAAACCUUGGUUGACCAUGUAAACUACAGUAAAUGCAUAGCAAAAGCAAAACUGCAAAUUUACUGUGGUAAACUUUUGUAAGGGCCACGAUAACACUAAAGCAUCCUUCUGCACCUCACAGUCAGAGCUUGCCCUUACCUUGUAUUGUAAAGUCAGAGGGGUUGAAGUUGUGGCUUUCUUCUGCCAUUCUUGUGAGACUAGAUCUUUCCUGUACAACACCUGGGCCCCUAAAACCCAUUAAGAUUGUGUGUUAUAUGUCUAUUAGCUAGAGUGAGGAGUGAAUAAAAUAAUUUUAAACAUUAAACAUGUUAAACAGCUAACCGGGCUGCAAGCUGGCAUUUCAGCUCAGCUAGUUCUGGACCUGAUCCUCUGUGACUGCUCCUGCCAUCCCAGAACCAUUCGCUCUGUCACUGCUCCUGCCAUCCCAGAACCAUUCGCUCUGUCACUGCUCCUGCCAUCCCAGAACCAUUCGCUCUGU